AAUCAGAAGAACUUCAUCAUUUCUGGCACCUGCGUCCGGUCAUCCCUCGAGCUGGAGUUGUCGUUGCUGAUUGUCAAACCGACCAUUUUGCUGCUGCUGCGAUGUCCGUGCUGCGAACCACCAUGCGUCUUCUACGCUCAACUCCGCCCUUCUGUACUUCUUCUGGACUACGAGGUGAACUUGCUGCUACAAAAACUUUUUCUCAUUCGAAGCGCUUCAUUCUUACCAGCGUGAAGUGUGGAUCAGCUGGAGUGCGCAUCCAUGAGAACUUCAUCCCAGCUACAAGCUGGAAUAUCAAAACUUGUCGCAGAUUUCAUCCAAGCAGAUGCCAAGCUUAUGCUGAUCAGGAUGUGAAUCAGGGGACCAAACUUCACGAGAAACUGGCCGAAAAAAACUACGACUCUAUAGACGUGGACUUGGUAGAAAAUGGGACGGUGGGAGUGAUAUAUCUGGAUAGACAGAAGGCUUUGAAUGCUCUAUCUGAAGCGUUAAUGAAUGAGGUGGUUGAUGCGUGCCAAACGUUUGAAAGCAUAGAAGAGGUCGGAGCUAUAGUAAUUACAGGCAAAGGCAAAGCCUUCGCGGCGGGAGCUGACAUUAAAGAAAUGAAGGACAAAACAUUCGAGGAUGCACACAAAAGUCGAUUAUUUUCCCACUGGAAUGCUGUUGCUGCAUUAAGAAAACCCACCAUCGCUGCAGUUAAUGGGUUUGCUCUCGGAGGGGGUUGUGAACUAGCUAUGGCGUGCGAUAUAAUCCUUGCUGGGGAAAAAGCUCUAUUUGGACAACCGGAAGUGAAACUGGGUGUUAUUCCUGGCAUUGGAGGAACUCAACGUCUCAUUCGAGAAGUGGGGAAGUCUAGGGCUAUGGAGAUGAUUUUGACAGGCAAAGCCUUCAUGAAUGCUGAAGAAGCUGCUCAAAGAGGAUUAGUAAGCCGCGUGGUUCCUGGAGACAAUGAAACUUUGGUUGCAGAGGCCAUUAAGGUCGCGAAGAGCAUUGCUGAAUUGUCGAGACCAACAAUCGCGAUGGCCAAAGAAGCUGUCAAUGCAGCCUACGAACUAGGACUCUCAGAAGGAAUCAAACGCGAGCAUUCGUUAUUUUGCGCUACUUUUGCUUUGGAAGAUCAGAAAGAAGGAAUGGCAGCGUUUGCUGAGAAACGAGAUCCUCAGUUUAAACACAAAUAAAUGAGAGGUAAGAAGGUCACUCCCACCUGUUCAUCACAGAGUGCAUGGACUGGGCUGGAACAGCUAUUUGGUCUACAGUAAGUGACGGAAGACUGAAGUGCCUUGCUCGCUCCACGUUGACACAAACAAUUCAGUGCAGUUCUUGGAUUUUAAGAGUAGUUCAGCUCUAAAACUUGGUCAGUUAAACUCACUCCAAAAACAGAGGAGGAAGUUUUGAAGGUUUAGUUUGUCGGCAACAGGAAGAAACGGACCUCGUUUAUGGACCAAGCUUUUAGUGCACUAGUGUGUGAUAUGUAACUUCUGUACAUUCUAAGUCCGUUGGUCCAAUGAGGCCUCCCUCAGAAUAUUAAAGUCUCGAUUUACUCUUCAUUUGGCAAUAAAACCUUGUGAGAAAUUCCAAUUUAAUUCCACCGUGAACUUGUAUGACUCGUUGGCCGGCACUCAGGAAAUCAAAGCUGGUUGAGCUGUGAACCUGAAAGGAUGACUGUUAUAACAUUCGAAAAGGUCGUAGUUGUCAUCGGUGCUGGCACGGUCUUAAAGGUGAUCGUGCAGCUUCACAAACAUGCAUCUCGACUUGCGAAGAAGGAAGCGUGCUUCUCUUAAGUCAUACGAGAGCGUAGACUUUG